UGUAUUAAACACCACUGUUUAACAAUGUGGACUUAAACGUUUUGCAAAAUAUUGCAAAUUGUCCGAAUGCAAGUUAUAUUAAUAUUGUAUUUUCGCCAUAUACCGUUUAACUAGACUAAACAUCGUUCGAUUUCUUAGAUCAACGUCGGAUCGUAGAGGGUAUUGAUUUCAGGGAAAUAAGUCGGAUAUUUUGAGUUUUGCUGUAAUGCUGGGAAAAAGAAAUUAUUUGCAUAUGAGACUUAUUGCAUUUUGAUACCACUGGAAAUAGUGACAGCCCGUCUCAUCGGAAAACUGUAUGAUUUCAACGGAGGUUUCAGAGGGAAAGACGAAUAUAAAAUACAGCGGCUACCUACGUUAUAUCGGUGGAACUCCAUAAUGUUACAGUGAACAAUCGUUGGUUUGAGGAAGAUGCGUGCGAUAAGUGACAGUUGAGCCUUGACACCGAGAAUGCGACUUUGGCGGAGACAGGUGACGCUUCAAGGGUUGUUCGUCCUUCUGUUACUCGCCACCGCCCUUCAGACUAUUCAUCUUCUCCAACAUGCAGACAAGCACGAGUGGCCAGAUCUUUGGAACUGGUGGCAGAGCCUGGAUGCGUCAACAGAUGGAAAUAUUUUGAAAGGCAAAUUGGAGAAUGCCGGACUUCGUCUUACAUUAUCGAACCAGCCAGUGGAUUUAAGAAGAAACAUCACCAUCAGUUUAAAAGAAAGAGGAAAGACUGUUGUCCGCGUGCGAGCACCUGCAGGAGAGGCAGCACCUCCGUUGCUGACCACCGGCGCUCGCUUCCUCCCUCCAGAGUUUGAUCCUGUGGUCGCCGGACAAGCCCGCACAAAUAAAGGAUUCUUAACAGUGGGCAUUCCGUCGGUCCAACGCCCUAACACUGACUCACUGUAUCUGCUUCACACUGUGUCCUCGCUGGUGGCCGCAACGAACAAGGAGUACCGCAAAUGUUUAACCAUAGUCGUCCUUCUCGUGGACAGCAACGUUACAUACAACGCGCAUGUGCAAGAUGUGAUCGAGGAGCGUUUCCGUGAACAUCUCAACACCGGAUUUAUUCGCGUCAUCAUCCCGCCGCCUGCAAUAUACCCGUCGUUUAAACGUUUAGCUUCGAACCAUCAUGACAGCAGGGAGAGAACAAUAUGGAGGUCAAAACAGAAUAUAGACUUCGCUUAUUUGUUUCUAUAUUGCAGGAAUAUAUCGGAGUAUUAUAUUCAAUUAGAGGACGACGUUCUUGUUGCUAAUAAUUAUACAUUUAAGAUCAAAGCGGAAAUUAACAAUAGAAACAAUAGAAACCACAGUUGGUUCAUGCUUGAAUUUUCCAGAUUAGGGUUUAUCGGAAAACUAUUUCGUACAAGUGAUUUAGAGUGGAUAGCUAACAAGUUUUUGGAGAGCUUUGACACCAAACCCGGUGACUUGCUCAUUGGACAACUGAGAAAAGCUCGUGGCCAAAACACACCAUUUCACUCGAGUGAAAGCUUGUUUCAGCAUUUCGGAAGAUUUUCAUCUCUCGCAUAUAAAAUGAUGCCUUCAGUGGACGCCUUUUUCAGCGACAGUAAGGCCUUCAACUCCUCGCUGUUGAGCGUUCCAAAGGGCGACAAUCCAGAUGCUGCAAUCCAUACCAACAUGAAGGGUGUGCGUGGCCAUGACGACCCCUACAUGGCAUAUGAUGGAAACUCAGAAACUUACUUUGAAGCUAAGAUGUUUGAUCGUGCCAAUUAUUUUCAGCUUAAGUUUCUGAAAGCAUACAACUUUUCUAGACUUAUAAUUACUUCUGGUGAUUUAAAUACUAGGACAUACCAUUUACCACACAGUGCCCUAUAUGUUUACACAAACGACAGAAGCAACCAUGAUACCUUCAAAAAGUUAGUAAAUCUUGUGGAAGGUGACUUGGACACUCAAGCAAUGGGGAUAACCAUGCCCAAAAAUAUUAACUCCAUUAAAAUCAUACCUAUUCAAAAAAGUGCCGGGCAUGCGAGGAUACGGGAUAUUGAAGUAUUUACCUAACUUUACAUCACAUUGAGCAAUGCUUUACUUGUACCCACUACAGUAAUUACACUGAGAACUGCUAUGCCUAUAUGUUUACCCUAUUAUAAUUUUGUAACGUUUCCGGUAAGAAUACGAUUAUGUCUCGCUCGUUUUGCUUGUGCCAACAUUCUGGUAAAGCGAUUUUUGUGAAUGAUAUUCAGUUUAUUCCUUUUUAGACAAACACAUAAU